AUGGCGGAACCAAAUAAAACAUCUCUAAAGGCACAAUUUGGCCUACCGACUGACCGAUAUCAAAAGCUGUGCAUAUACAACACACAAGGCCACAAUGACAAAGUGCAGAUAACAGAUGUCGUUAUUCAGGUAGUAUCUCCACUUGAGUAGACCAUUCCUCAGCAACAUACGUGAAGCAAAAAAGAGCAGCACCAUUGUAGUUGUUGCCACAAGAGAAAUUAUUAUAGCAAAGAUGAGGAAGAUGACAUCAGUAGUUUUUGUCACUAGUCAGCAAACCCUAAACCCUAAAGAAGAACAAAUAGAAUCUUUUUCCCUCAUUCCACCGAGGUCCGCAGCGUGCCUUUAAAAGAAGAUGAUGUUGUGGACGAAGAUUUUGAGGUGCAGCCUAAAAAGCAGCCAGACGGAAUGUCGAUGCGGAAUAAUCCAGAACAAAUACAAUACUUCCCCUUCCCCAAGCACUUCCGCAGAAAAGUUGCGGAGAUCGAUAUGACGAAAAAUUUAGGGAAUCAUGCCAAAAGAAUAUGAUUGACUUUGAAAUAGGACGAUAUGAGGAAAAAAUUAGGAAAUAUCGCCGGAAGAGAAAAACAUUUACUUGGAAUAGGUGACGAGCUUUCUUCAUGAUAGUGCUUCGUUCCUUUGAAAUAGGACGAGAUGACAGUAGACAUCAUCAAAGUGCUGUGUAUCUUCUCCUAGCAUUUGUCCAUAAGUUUCUUACUUUUGUUGUUAAUUGUUCCGCGAAGAACCUACGUUAUUUUUUUAGGUAAAAGCACCAGCGAGGGAAGUAAUUCUACCCUAUUAAUUGCUCGUCCUGACUCAGCCUCUUAUCUUCCACCUACUUUCAUACUCUUACGAAAUAUCGCUUUUGCGCGUGUUGCCUGACAGUGUGAAGUUUGACCCGGACCGACUAACGACCGAGAGUGCCGGCGAAAAACGGAGGUUUCCCACCAGUGGCGUAGAAGUGGCCUUUUCGCAAGUACCUAAGAUUAUGGCUUUAUCGUGCUUCGUUUCAUGUUGGAGGGUUCAUCUGCCCUACAACUGUGUAGCAAAGGACGAGGGAGAACAUCAACAUGAAUGAUGGCAAGGUGGAAAGGUCUUUGCUUGCUUGCAAUGUAGAGGUUUGUUGAAACAUCCUUUCCACCUCACCAGUAUGCAGGCAAUCAAUAUGAUGCUAACACUUGUAUUGCAACCAAAUCCUCCAGAAGCAACUUCUAAUAUGCAAGAGGUGUUUAUUCCCGAGGAUAUAGCAGCCAGGCAGCGAUAUUUGGACGAGCAUGAACUCGUGGCCCUGUUCGAUAAUAUGUUAGGAACUUAGUCAGAGAUUUAAGCGAAGGAUCAAUUUAGAGAUAUGCAUAGGUCGGCCCCUCCUUCACCAUGAAAAUGGACAAAGUACUCUGGGUGAAUCAUGUGCUGUUUUGCUCCUCCGUCUGCCAUUGGACUCCUUUGCUGCAUUGCUACCUCUCUUCCUCCUCCACCUUCUGCUACCACCCCCUCUCUCUCCUCUAAUACACUACGAGUUCCUAAUGCGUGAAAAGCCUAUAUUGCCGAAGGAAGCCUUGGCAAAUUAUCUUUUCAAGGCUUUCGAAUUUGAGCGGAUAGAGCAGGAUAGGUACAGUAGAUGUUUUUAGAAAUGGUGGGGAUACAAAUGAUGAAGACACGAAUCACUCUUGAAUCCUCAUAGAUAAUUUAGCUGAAGCAUCAGAGAGGCGCACAGGCACAGACACACUCACAUGUCAACUUCCCCAUACAUCACAGGAAGAACCGCCGUGGCCGCUUCGAAGCAGGGGAUAUGGAGUCGAAGAUAAAGAUUCCAAAGCCGCCUACGAAGGUCAUAGAGUACAAGCUAGAGGACGAACGCAAACGACAGGAGCAAAAGGACAGGAAAACGAUGAAAAUCGACCUUCUUCAUCAAGAGGAGCGGGAAAUCCUAGAAGCAGCGCAGGCGGAAGCUUAUGAGCAGGUUCAUAUUUUUGACACUGACUCCAUGCUAGAUUUUUCACCUUCAUUCUCGUUGAUACUUACUGAUAUGUGUCGUACUUUUUGAUGAAUCUAGCUCCUUCACCUUUCAAGGAACGACUUAAGAACUAGGUCAUUCUGGUGCUGUGAAGAUAUUAUGGGUAACUCAAAGGAAAAGGAAGUUAUGAUAUUUCUAUUUUGUUCUUGCGAUUUCAUAACAACGAGAGGCGAGCCGAAUAUAUGGAGGGACGGCCUUUGGGCAGUACAAAAGGUGGCGACAUCGUUGGGCGAUCGCUUUUUGACGGCAGCCGAGAGCAUCCGCAUCGCCAAGUAACGAUAAAUACUUCGGGUGCGGAAGGAGGGUGAGGCGGAAGGCUACGACUCGUGCUACCAAAGGCUUUCCCACAAUGUGCUAUCAUGUGUAUCUUCGAACGUCCCUUGCCCUACCUUUUUUCGGGAUUAUUUUCAUAUGGACCGACAUACUGACACUGAAUACUUGAACAUGAUGAAUCCUUUGCCCUUCGAUAACAAACUCGUAGUACAUAUUUUUGACCACACUCUCAUAGUUGUGGAUUUUGAUUUCGAACAGAAAUGCGCGUUUUGAGAUUUUGUCGCCCCUGUGCGCAGAAAGCGU